AUGCGAGGGAAGCGAGAGAUGGUUCGAGAGAAGCCAAGGAUGCGAGGGACGGAGAGUCUGGCGACGGCAGAGAAGGCGACGAGGCGAAAGACAGAGACACCAAAGAACGGGACGCAAACCCAAAGGACAGGGACGACUCGGACAGCUCGCGGACACGCGAAUCCAAACUGCGGGACCAGACCGUCUCGCGAGACGUGGCCAGAGACAGCCUUCGGGCCGAGUCUGUGCAUCUGCAGCUGUCCAAGUGGAACCUUCGCAAUACGUUUGGCGCCGGAACGCCAACGCGAGACUUUGCCAAUCCGUUCUUCGAGGCGCCGCGGGCCCGCAAAAGCUCGGCCAACUCGCUCUACAGCGACGACAAGCCGCGGUCUCCCGAGUUGCGGGCCAUGUACGGCGGGCCGCAUGUUCCUGGGGCGGCUGGGCCUGUUUCGGGCGGCGUUUCUGGCGGCGUUACGGGAGUUUCUGCUUCUGGCGGUGUUUCUGCUUCGGGCGGCGUUUCGGGCGUUUCUGGCAUGUCUGGCUCGCAUAGCGGCAUGGUCGUUCCAGGCCCCGAGGCGGCGCUGGUUGGCCUGGCGUACUUGUUUGACGAUCUGA